AUGGCAGAAUCAUUAUUGCCGCUUUCUAUGGUUAUUGGUGAUCAAGAUGAGAAUAUUACAACAGAUAAAUUAAAAAUUUAUUUUGACAAUGCUGUUGAUGAACUCAAUACACUGAUGAAUCAGAAUGACGAUAUUUAUAUUCAAUCUGUCGAUACUAUAGUUACUAAUCUAUUGAAUAUCAAUAUCGAUCAAUUAAGUAAAAUAACAAUUCUUGAUCAUCCAUUAAUUUUUAUGCUUCGGGAUUUAAUUAUUAAAUUAUUACAAGAGAAAAAUAUUGUUGCUAUAAAUAUAAUAACCUUAUUUACAAAAUUAUAUUUGAAAAUAAAAGAUGAUUUCUUGACAGCAGUAGCUAAUGUGAUUUCCUUGGAAUCGUCACUUGACGCAUACGCUCAAAGCUGCAUAACUAAUGAUAAAUUGUCAAAACUAUGUGUUGUAUUUUUUCAUCAACCGUUACUUGAUGUACUCGUUCAUCAUCGUAUAAAUGAAGAAUUUUCUGAUAUCAUUAACCAAUUUUUAAUCAACAUAAUAGGUAGACACAAAAAACGUUACGAUUUUGGGGAAGAUGAAUCAGGACCCUAUCUUGAUGAGGUCGUUACAUAUGUAUGUUCCUCAGCAUACAUUGACGUAUUUAAUCAUUUACUUACUCGUCUUGUACCAUUGGAACAAAGCGAACUUGAUGAUAUAGAACAGUUUUAUCUUAUCAAAUGUCCGAACUAUAUUUGCUACUCCAGGAAAAAUGAUUGUUAUAUACAAGUAUUGACAUUUAUUUUUGAAAAAAUGUCUCAAAUCUAUUUCAAUAUACUUAAUCAAUUCACGAAAACAAUGAAAAAUUGUUCGCAAAUAAUUAUUGAACCAGUUAUUUGCCUUAUGGCUUUAUUGCAAUGUGUAUCAGUCUCUCAUGAACUUCGUCAAAAAUUUACUAGCAUCAGUGAAAAUCUUAUCAAUGUAAUGUGGACAAUCAUUUAUGAAUUAAGUUCACAAAAUGAAUCACACACAGAUGCUUUAGUACAAUGGGCGAUUGUACAAAUGUUUUCUGCAACAUUUAAGAUAGAACUUUUACCUAAAAUUAAAGAAAUCAAUAUGAUUCCUACACUUUUAGAACUAUUAAAUCAUAGCAAAAACGAGCAAACUCAAGUAGAAUCUUGUCGUCUUUUAGCAGCGGUGAUGGAUGUUGACGAUAUUCAAAACCGAUUAACUAAUCCAACAAAAAUAAUUACAGUGUUACUAACAGAUUUGCGACAGAGAUCAGUUAAGCCAGUUUACAAAUUGCAGUUAGAAAACAAUUUACUUUGCUUGAAAAAUCUUAUUCAAAAUAAGCAAGUCAAGAUGGAAUUAAUCAAACAAAAUGGUCUUCCGUUUCUGAUUAAUUGUAUUACAAACAGAAAACAAACAAAAUUUCAUUCAGUUGUAACACGUCAACGUGUUUUAGAGAUUCUUCUCGAUUUAACUUCGGAUAAAAAAGCAUUUACACUUCUACAACAAAAUCAUUUAUUUUUAUUUCAUGUUAAAAAACUAACUAUGUCAUCAUCUGAACACGAUUUACAACUAGCAGCUCAAGCUAUUGUUCAAAAACUAGAAACAUAUCAAAAGUCGAUCAAUACGACAGAAAAACAAGACAAAAAUACAAACAUAAUUGACAAUUUAGCAAUUGUCAAUAAAUAUGACAUUUUUAUUAGUUAUUCUCCUGUCGAUAGAGAUAUAUGUUAUCAGAUUAGAGAUCAACUUGUUUAUGACAACUUUCGAGUAAAAAUUGGUCUAGAUUUCCUUCACGAUUCAACAAUUAAAGUUAACGCUAAUGCCAUUGAAUAUCCCAAGGUAAAAUGUAUUGAAUGUUAA